GCUUGAGCCGACGGAGACAUUUCCCGUCGGUGCAUUUUGGUUUGUGGCGCCCCCGGCCCGACCAGCAGCCCGCGCCCAGGGCGUCGUUUCCCGAGCGACCCCGACCUGCCAUGGCUUACGAGAUGCCACCGGCGUUGGCCCCGCGGCUGGCCCCGAGGCCCGAGGCGGCAGCGCUCUGCCGCCUGGGCUAUGCAGCCCGGCGCAGAAGGCCGAUCUGGGGCGCCGAUGUCGCCACCCUGGCGCUGCGCCUUCGCGCCGCCCUUCGGCCUGCCGCUGGUGCUGCUCCUCAGCGACCCGCUCAGCGACCAGUUCAUGCAGAUCAUCUACCUGACGUUGUUCUCCGGGCGGCCGGGCAGCCACGUGAUGGCGAUGCUCUUCGGCCAGGUGACGGAGAUGCCUUAUACUCUCGCGUCCAAGAAGGGGAGCCUCCUGCUGCUGCCGCCGGGCUGCAGCCGCUGCCCCAGGACAAGCCGACCAUGGAGAUGCAGUUGCAGCCAUUGUUUGCCGCUGCCAUUCAUGUUCCAAGACCGCUCACCUUGCGCGUCCCCGCGCACACGCCGGGCGAGCAGGACGCCGCUGGCCGGUUCCAGGAGGAGCCGCCGCAAGUGCUGCCGCGCAGCAGCUGGGCGCAGGGCGCGCUGCCCGCGCGCCGGCCGCAGCGACGGCGCAGCGCGGCUCUCACCAGGCACCUGGCGCGCCGCGCGAGGGGAGGGUGGCAGGUCGCCUCCUACUCCCAGCCGCGGCAGCGAUCGGUGAGACGCUGGGCUGGGCGCAGGGCACUAACGCCCCGCCGCCGCAGCCCCAGCAACGGCUUGAACGACGACGGCAGCGCGGGAGCAGGCGCGACAGACGACUCCAGCGAGAUCGGCGAGAGCGAGCUGCAGGAGCAGGCCAAGGUCCCGGACGACCUCGACGAGGACGGCGUGGACGCGGCUAGCCUGCUGCAGCCUGACCAGGAGCAGGCGCCGUGCUCCAGCCCCCGCGCGGCGGGCGGCGAGGGCCCCGGCCUCCUGCAGCCGGUGGGGGCUCAGGUCCACUUGAUUGGGCUCAGAGAGGCCACUGCCUUCAACGGGAUGUCGGCCGUGAUCCUGACCGUGGUCCCCGCCAAGGCGAUGUACCAGGUGCGUAUGGAUGACGGCUUGAUCCGGACAGUCAGGGCCGUGAACGUCCGCUCGGGACCAGGAUUUGCACAGGGUGGCGAUGAAGCCGCAGACGUGUGCCACACCAUCGACGAGGCGGACAUCAGCUCUGGCGCCCGAGGCGGCGAGGCCAAGGAUGGUCUGCUGCCCUCCGAGCCCGCGGCGAGCUCCACCACCGUCUCGCAGGCGGUCUGCGGCGCCCUCGACGACGAGGCCAUGAGCAGCCCGGCCUCCGCCCCGGCCCACGUCGUUCAAGGGAGGGUGAGCAUGUGCAUUGCAGAGGCUGACUUGCUCGACGCCGCCGUUCCUCCCGUCCGCUGUGCCGACUCGGUGAUUGAGGCGAGGCUCGCCCAUCGCCCGCCCCCGUGCUCUGGGAUUUCCCACGAUUUUCUUCUGUGCCGCAUCUGCAGCAGAUCGGCGCACGGUCGCUCCGGAUGGCGCUGAGCGCGAGUGUUGUGCCGCGCCAACCAGGCGGUCCUGGCCCGAAGGAGGUCCGGCCGCCUCGCAUCCAAUGAUCUCACACGUUGCCUCGCAGGUGUCCCCUCGAGGCUCUCGCUGCCGUGCCUGCCGUCCAGCAGGCGUGGCGCCACAGGCCGUGCCUACCGUCCAGCAGGAGUGCCGCCGCCGCUCGGGCUGGCCCGCCUACGCGCGGGACAGCCUGGGCCGACCAAAUCUUCGGACGGGCCUGAGAAGGGAUCGGGCCUUCCAUACCCUCAACCUGGCUACAGGCCAGGUUCGAGCCAGCCCAUUAUAAGGGCCACUGCACGUCGUCAUCGACAAGACGCAGAAUUCCACCACCACCCCCUCCUCCUCACCCUCGC